AUGAUAGACAGGGCAUCAAGCCCAAUUACCAGGCCGGGGGAGCGGACGCACCACUCUCGGCCUAUAUCCCGCAGAUUCACGACCCUCGAGGGGUGGCGGCAGACGCGGGACGGCCUCUACCUCGCUGCAGGCUCAACUAUAUCCAGUCUCAUCCCCAACCCGAGCUAUGAUGCCGAGUGGCAGAUCCAUGACGAUGGACCCGUACAGACAAGGCUCUCCGUGUCGUCUCGCGGCUCGAGCUUCACGUCCGGCACCCUUCUCUACGGCCAAGGCGGGCGGCAGCGUUGGAGCACCAUGGACGAGCAUGAUCCUCCUGUUGGGCCUCUGGGGACGCAGGACGAGGAUCCGUUUGCCGACAGCAACGCUCUCGAGCCGCAUGGGGAGAAAGGGCCGAUCCCGGUGGAGGAGACUGAGAAGCCGUUCCACGUCUUCACCAGGAGGCAGAAAUGGUUUGCCAUCGCCACCAUUGGCGUCGCCGGCCUCUUCUCCGGCCUCUCCUCCAACAUCUAUUUCCCGGCGUUGGGCUCCAUCGCCCAGGAUCUACACGUCAGCCUCAGCGCCGUCUCCUUGACCAUCACGUCGUACCUCGUCAUCCAGGGAAUAUCGCCGCUCAUAUGGGGCUCCCUCUCCGAUACCCUAGGCCGUCGCCCAAUCUACAUCUACUCCUUCUCCGUCUACAUUAUAGCCAACGUCGUCCUCAGCUUCUCGCCCAACUUCGCUGUGCUCCUGGUUUUCAGGGGGCUGCAGGCUGCGGGAAGUGCGUCCACUGUCAGCAUUGGCAACGGCGUUAUCCAAGAUAUCGCCCUUCCGGUUGAACGAGGUGCUUUCAUCAGCUUCUACCAAGCGAUUCGCAACUUCAGUAUAGCCAUCGGACCUGUACUUGGCGGACUUUUCGACAACUUCUUUGGAUUUCGAUCAAUAUUCGUCUUCCUCCUAAUAGCGUCCAGCCUUGUUCUCAUCGUCAUCGUCUUAUUCCUUCCCGAGACCCUGCGCACCAUCGCAGGUGACGGCAGUCUAAGACUGUCCGGAAUCCAUCGGCCCCUGAUCCAGCGAUAUGUGAAAGAGCCCGUAUAUGUGCAAGAUCCGGACGGCAGGCCGCCACGCCCUCGGGUGACCGUUGGGACCUUUCUCAGGCCGCUUAAGCUCCUGACGGAGAAAGACAUCCUCGUUAGCCUAAUCUUCGGCGGCGUCGUCUACGCCGUCUGGAGCAUGGUAGUGGCAAGCACAACGGGACUAUUCAAGGAGCGAUUCAAUCUCAGCGAACUACUUCUUGGACUCGCCUUCUUGCCAAACGGCGCUGGCACGAUUGUCGGCUCAGCAAUCGCCGGGAAGCUCAUGACGCUUGAGUUCUUGAAGUCAGAAGAGGUCUACAUGAAGAAGAACCCCGGGGCGGCGUUGCCGUCCCAAAACAAAAAGAACCUCCCCCUAGAUUUUCCAAUCGAACACGCACGACUCCGGCACGUGCCGUGGAUCACGGCUCUAUUCGUACUCCUGACUUCCAGGCCAGGGUGGAUUGCCGUCCCUCUUCUCCUGCAGUUCAUCAUCGCCGCGACUUCCAACGCCGUGUUUGCCAUCAACACGGCACUGGUGGCGGAUCUCUGCCCGGGCCAGGGCGCCAGUGCCACGGCCGUCAACAACCUCGUCCGCUGCAGCCUGGGGGCGUUGGGCGUCGCAUCGGUGGAUGCCAUGCUCGCUGCUUUUGGGCCCGCCGCAACCUUUCUGAGCCUGGGCCUCGUCUCGGUCGCCAUGGGAGUGCUGCUGGCCGCGGAGUGGUCGUGGGGCAUGCAGUGGAGGGGCAGCCGGGAACGUGCCACGGAAGCUCAGGCGAACGGAGCAUGGGCGGGUAGUUCAUGA